AUGAGACCAGAUGAUAUUAACCCCCGGACUGGAUUGGUGGUGGCUUUUUGCAGCAUCUUCUUGGUUUUUGGGUUUAUGUUUACAGUCUCGGGAUUGAAGGGUGAGACUUUGGGGGAUAUUCCCUUAUUGGCCAUUGGGUUAGCGCUAUUCUUGCCUGGAAUUGGCGCAAUCAUGUUGGCUAGAAAGACUGACGGUUGUACAAAUUGCCUGUGUUGCACGCAGUGUUGUCGCAGGAAAAAGGAAAAGAAUAAGGAAGGCUCAGAGUUGCUGGAAGUCCCUUGGGACCUGGAGUCUGGGAAAGGGGGCUGCAAUGACUGGGACAAAGAUAGGCAUCUGAGAUCAGGGGAGGAUUCUGUGUCCACAACAACCACUGUUGGGGAAUCCCGGAGUCUGAUCCGAAAGGUGGACCAAGAAGAGGUGAUACGUUACCUUGAGGCUUGCUAUCCUUCCAGUGUCUUCACCAGGGUCCGGGAUGUCACCUCUUACAAUGUCCUAGAUCACAUGUGUGCCCCCAGAGACAGCGUUGCCUACAUUGCAGCUCGUAACAGUGUGGUAUAUCUGCCUAGAGACAGCAUUGUCGUCUACACACACAGGGACAGCACUCCCUAUGGAAGGUACUGCUGCUACAUCAACCCAGUGAAUUUCAGCUGGAGCCAUGAGACUGUAGUCUGACUGCAUUUUCAGGGAUUAUGGCUCUCUCUAGGGUUUGAAUUGCAUGAAGCUCUUUGAUAUAGGUUUGAAGAAUGGAAGGUGAUUGAUGCUUGGCCUUCCAUUUGUGCCUGACACUGUACUAAAAUAUAAAGAUAUAAUAUAAUAUAAUAUAAAGUAUCCACCAAGUCAACAUUUGCUAGGAAUUUCAUGUUGUUUUUUGUUUUAGAGAUAAAGAAAAACAUAAAAACAUGGGGAAGUAUUAGUUGUUUCCACUGCAUAAAAAAAGAAAAACAUUAUCAAUAUGAAAUGAGUAAGAAUGGUUUAUGUCUGUUUCAUAAUGCAGUUGUGUUAUUAGUUGCAGCAUCAUUUAAGAAAACAUGUUUUAGUGUCACUGAGCUAAAGUAAAUACAACAUCCUCUGUGAAACUGCGUGACUAGCUUGUAUGGUGUUGUCGUCUGAUAGGAAGGGAUUUGGUUUUUUCUAUUUAGUCACUUUAUGAUUUCUAAGCAGGUAUCCUGUACAGCAAUACAAAUCUCACCGCUGCUGAUACUUCUGAUACUAAAGUGCCA